CGUGACUACACAGGAAACCAGCUGACUGUCACGUGACCCUCCGAGCCUGUGCGGCGGUGAGCGCGAGACCAGGUGGACUGCGAAAAUGAAGAUGCAGGUGGUGUUGUGGUUCUUCCUGGUGGUUCUGUUGGACUCUGAAGCAGCUCCGGCUGAAGAUGAGAUAACCUUCCUGCCUGGGCUUCAGAAACAGCCCAGUUUCAGGCAGUUCUCCGGAUACCUGAAUGUGGCUGAUGGGAAACACCUUCACUACUGGUUUGUGGAGUCUCAGAACAAGCCAGCCUCUGACCCGGUAGUGCUGUGGCUGAACGGUGGUCCUGGCUGCAGCUCAUUAGAUGGACUGCUGACGGAACACGGACCCUUCCUGGUCCAGGAAGAUGGUGUGACACUGCAGUACAACCCGUACUCGUGGAACAAGAUCGCCAACAUGUUGUACCUGGAGUCUCCAGCAGGCGUCGGCUUCUCGUAUUCAGCCGAUAAGAACUACAAGACGAAUGACACAGAGGUGUCCAUGAACAACUACUUGGCUCUGAAGGAGUUCUUUCGCAUGUUCUCAGAGUUCAGCAAAAAUGAGCUCUUCCUGACCGGAGAAAGUUAUGGAGGGAUCUACAUCCCGACGCUUGCUGAGAGGGUGAUGGAGGACGCCAGCCUGAAUCUGCAGGGCGUUGCUGUGGGAAAUGGGAUGUCGAGUUACGAACUGAACGAUAACGCUCUGGUGUUCUUCGCCUACUAUCAUGGCCUGCUGGGGACCCAGCUGUGGACCCAGCUGCAGACCUUCUGCUGUAGAGACACCAAGUGCAACUUUUACAACAACCAGGACCAGAACUGCUCAGAGACCCUGUAUGAGGUGCAGGACAUUGUUUACAAUUCUGGGCUGAACAUGUACAACCUGUAUGCUUCCUGUCCAGGUGGAGUCCCUCACAGGUUUAGCCUGGAACAUGGGCAGCUGGUGAUUAGAGAUCUUGGGAACACCUUUACCAAACAUCAGUGGACCCAGCAGUGGAAUCAGAAGUUGCAAAGUCUGGCGUCUCUGUACCAGUCUGUCCGUCUGGACCCUCCCUGCACCAACUCCACCUCUACUGUCCUCUACCUGAACAAUCCUUACGUCAAGAAGGCUCUGCACAUCAGUCCUGACGCUCUGGACUGGGUCAUCUGCAGCUCUGAAGUGAACCUCAACUACGGUCGGAUCUACCUGGAUGUCAGUAAACAGUACCUGAAGCUGCUGUCGGCUCUGAAGUACCGGGUCCUGAUUUAUAACGGGGACGUGGACAUGGCCUGUAACUUCAUGGGGGACGAGUGGUUUGUGGAGUCCCUUAAUCAACAGGUGGAGGUUCAGCGGCGUCCAUGGAUCUACGAUGAUGACGAUGGUCAACAGGUCGGAGGCUUCGUCAAAGAGUUUGACAACCUGGCCUUCGUCACUGUGAAGGGUUCUGGUCACAUGGUUCCUUCAGAUAAACCAGUGGCUGCCUUGGCCAUGUUCUCUAGGUUCAUCAGGAAGCAGCCGUACUGACCAUCGUCAGGCUGGACCUCGCCUGCAGGAGUUUCUCAGGGUUUGUGUUUGCUUCAUCACUGUCAGCCAGUCACAAGAGCCCUUCUCUGUCGGAAACUUAAGUUAAAGGCUCCAGAAUGGUACCCAAUCCUGUCUGUCCUCGGAGUUUGUUCUGGUUUCCAUGGUAACUGUUUGUCACUUCCUGUUGAUUGUUUUGGUUUAAAUGUUCUUUUAAAAAGAAA